AAAGCUUCCUCCUCUCCCACUCUUCCACCAUUUCUUCUCCACUGACACCAACCUCCUCUCCACCCCCUACCUCAACGAAAUAUAACUGAAUUACAUACGCAGAUACGCAUGAAUGUUUCUCUGGAUUCGCUUUCCUAUGAAUUAAUCUCAGCAUACGAGAAGCACAGAUUCUCAAUUUUCUAGAGCUCCGAAUUUCCAAAUCAAUUUCUUCAAUAUAUAUAUAUAUAUAAAAGGAGUAGAAGAUGACGUCACCGCUGGUAUCAUCGAAUCCAGCUGUAAAUUCCGAUCGCUCAUCAACCAGAAGGAAGAAAAAGAAGAAAAUCCAAAGCCAAAAUUCGGGGGAAAAUAUCAACAAUAACGGUCAGCGACAGAAUUCCGUCCAGUGGAAAUCCGACGUGCAGCAGCAAAUCUACUCAUCGAAACUGCUUCAGGCACUGCGCCAAGUCCGGCACAACAGCGGCUCGUCGGGUCCGAAGAGAGUGCGCGAAGCAGCGGACAGAGUCUUAGCCUCCACGGCGAAAGGGAGGAGCAGAUGGAGCCGAGCGAUACUCACGAACCGGCUCAAGCUGAAGUUUAUGAAAAAGAAUAACAUCGUUAAACAACAGACUAAGGUGAUGACGGUUAUCACCAGCGGAAGUAGCAGGAUGAAGAAGAAAUCUAAGGUGAAAAUUUUGCGUUUGAAAUCCAAGUCUUUGCCGGCCGUUCAGCGCAAGGCGCGCGUUUUAAGUAGGUUGGUUCCCGGUUGCCGGAAAGAACCGUUGCCGGUGGUUUUGGAGGAGGCGACUGAUUAUAUAGCCGCGCUUGAAAUGCAGGUAAGAGCUAUGACUGCCUUAGCCGAGCUACUCUCUGUUUCCGGUUCUUCUUCUUCCUCUAGCUCCGCCGCGGCUCCUGGUGGCGGCCCUAAUCAGCCCAACUCAAGCUCCCCUAGCUGAUAUGGGUUUUUCCUUUUCUUCAAUUGCUAUUGUUCAUAUAUUCUCCCCCUUAUCAGUAUUCUAAUGUGAUAUACAUUUAACGGAGACAGUUUAUGAUAUUAGUUUUGUACUUGAAUGUUAUUAUAAAAUUGUGAAAUGGAGAUAACUAGGAGAAAGGGAAA